AACAUAACCUAAAUUGUGUUUCAGAAAAUAUUAAUUUAAAAUAUGAUUCACAAGUGGUUCCACAAGAUUGUUCGUCGCAGAACCAGGCCUAUUCCUGAGGACAAGGCGUUUGUUUGGAAGCAGAGAUUGAGUAUAGCCUAUGGCCUUAUAGCUUGGAAUUGCUUUGGCUUAGUUUGCUACAGUGUUUAUAAGGGAAAAGCCGAUUGGGCACAUUAUUAUGGCCUCAAGACUGACGAGGAGAAAGAAGUUUCCCCAGGUUUGGCCUGGUCAAGGACACUGAAUAUACCAAAUGCCAAAGUGAUCAGAGUGUCCGGUUUGAAGAAAGUUGAUGAGUAUGAAAUUGUAAAUGGACAACAGGUGAUGAAAGAAAAGAAGGAGCUGGGAGACCCUGAAUUGUUAAAAGAAUAAUAAAAUUAGUCAGUUUAUUUAAAUGUAAUGAUAGUUUGUAAAUAAGUGUAAAAUAUACAAAUAUGAUAUGAUUCAGCCAAAAGAUGAAUCAUUGAAAAAACAAACACCUUUAUCAAGAA